UGCUGCCCCCGCUGUUUUUCUCCCUAAACCAUCAGCGCUGUCGUCAGUUUCGGUAACAGAGAGACUAGCAGGGCGACGCAAGUGUCCGCUGCCCAACAGCAUUUAAGCUGUUUCAGUGGCUCAACAACUUACAUUUAUCUAAACGUGGUGUACACGAUGAACACGUAGCACAACGGAGGAGCGUCGCUAGCUUAUUUGUCCUCCGCCAAAAGAAGGGGAACGGAUUGAGAAAAUUUUCAUCGUCGCCGAUUUCCGACCCCCUUUGUUUUUUCCACCGCCUCUGUCCAAACAGGCGAGCAGCAGCGCCCCCUGUGGAGAGGACAGGGAACAGCUCGAGGAUAGGGAGCCAGACAAGCGGCCGCACCGGAAGCCUACCGCGCGACGUGGGUCCCCACAGCUCAGCCGUCCGAUGCGGAGUGAGGAUGAGUCCCGCUCUGGAAGCCCUCAUGCAGGCAGACGGGACUCCUUAUCCGGGGAAAGGGGUGAUGCUGGAGCCCUUCGUGCACCAGGUGGGAGGCCACUCCUGCGUGCUGCGAUUCGGGGAGCAGACCAUAUGCAAGCCCCUCAUCCCUCGAGAGCACCAGUUCUACAAGAACCUUCCUCCAGAGAUGAGGAAAUUCACCCCUCAGUAUAAAGGUGUCGUGUCGGUCAGUUUUGAAGAAGACGAGGAAGGGAAUCUGUGCCUCAUCGCUUACCCCCUUCACAGCGAGUCAGGGGACCUGGAAAACAAAGACCCCUCAUCGGACUGCGAGCCCAAAAGCAAGAUGCUGAAGUGGGGCAACAAGAAGCAGUCCCCUCUGCUCCUGGAGAACGACAACUACAGUAAAGACAGAGCUCGACACGGCCGCAAGGAAGAGAAGCUCAUGAGUUACGGUUGGGAUGAGGUGCAGCAGCAGCAGGCCGAGGUUCUCUACUUCAGCCUGGAGAAGGGCAACAUGGUGCCACAGAUCAAACACAACCCCUGGAGCCUGAAGUGUCACCAGCAGCACUUACAGAGGAUGAAGGAGAAUGCAAAGCACCGCAACCAAUACAAAUUCAUCCUUUUGGAAAAUCUGACAUGGCGCUACAGUGUACCAUGUGUGUUAGACCUGAAGAUGGGAACUCGCCAACAUGGGGAUGAUGCGUCAGAGGAGAAGAAGGCCAAUCAGAUCCGAAAGUGUCAACAGAGCACUUCUGCAUCUAUCGGCGUGCGACUUUGUGGCAUGCAGGUGUAUCAGUCAGACUGUGGCCAGCUGAUGUUCAUGAAUAAGUACCACGGGCGAAAGCUAACCCUCGCCGGCUUCAAGGAGGCUCUCUACCAGUUCUUCCACAACGGGCGGCGCCUGCGCCAGGAGCUGCUGUCCCCGGUGCUGCGCAGGCUCCGGGAGAUGCAGGCCGCCCUGGAAGCCUGCGAGUCCUACCGCUUCUACUCCAGCUCCCUGCUGAUCAUCUACGACGGAGACCCUCCCAGGACGCCCUCCAGGCCGAGGCACCGAGGCGGGGAAGAGGGCGAUGAAGACGACCCGUCGGAUGAAGAGGAGGAGGAAGAGGGGGCCUUCGGCUUCCCCCACUCCUCCUCGGCGGGCAGCUCGGCCGGUGUGGCCGGAGGGAGCGGCGGCGGGGGGGGCGGCGGCCGCUCCUCCCACAGCCAGGGGGAGGCCAGCAGCCCUGAGGUGGACGUGCGCAUGAUCGACUUUGCUCACACCACCUGUAAACACUAUGGAGAGGACAGCGUGGUCCACGAGGGCCAGGACAGCGGCUUUAUCUUUGGCCUGCAGAACCUGAUCACCAUCAUCUCUCAGCUGGAGGAUCACAGCACAGACUGAGGCCGCGGUGGGCCCGAACCGGUCUGAAUUUCAAGCGUGGGAAAAGCUCACUGAGCUGAAAACCCUGCCGUAUACCCUCAAGGUGUACUACGCCUGCACAGGGGUGCGAUUGGUGGAUACUUCAGGACACCUCUUUGCUCAUGGAGACAGUCCGAGGGGUGAUACGGCCGCAGGACGAGGGCGCUCGUGCCCCCAGCACUUUUCUCUGGCGUUUCUGAGACAUUUCUUGGUUGUACAGGAGAAACGGUGAAAGCGACAGAGGUCCCGCCACAAAACAUGGAGACUCCCGUAUCCUUGUAGGACUCUCCUCCCCUUCUCUGGUACAGACAAGUAGCUUGGCUGUUGAGUUCUCUCUGAGAGAGAAAGAGUGAGGCAGAGAAGGUUUGAAGCCGUAGUGGUGCUUUACCUGUGAUACGACAUCCCUUUUUUUCUUUAAUGGACUUUAGACUGCCUGUCCCCAACAGCACAGCACAAUUAUUGGAGAAGCUAACUAGAAGACUUUACGAGCUGACCUUGGCUGGCUAGGUGGGCAGCGUUGUAGCAGUUGACAAAAACAUAAUUUGAUAAGGACAUUUCGCGCGAAUCUCAAUGUCUCAUAAGACCCCUGUGAUAGUUGUGGUUUCUUUUGUCCACGGAGCACUUGGAUUUAUACUUUUUGGUGUAAGAAAGAUUGUAGGUGUAGAAGAAGGGAUUUGCCUUUUUUCAACAUUUGUUGUCUCCUGCACUUUUUGCCUAUAAAUAAGACUUUUUUUUAAAGGGGAUUCAUUUUUUAUUUUCUUUCUGUUUUGGUUGUCUUUUUUUUUUCAUCCAAGCUUAUGCAUUCCUUCAAAUUUUGAUUUAAAGAGACUAUAUUGAUAAGAACACUAGCCAUAAAGAAUAUUUAUUUGAAAGGAUCGUUCAAAGAUAAUGGAAACGAGCACAUUCCAUAUUACCACUCUAAAUGUUCUUUCCUUCUGAUACAGACUUUGAUUUAUUUUGUUAUUCCAAGAGCUCUUUACUUAUACCUGUGUGUUAACAGUGUCUUGGAAAAUAAAGGCAUUCAUUGUGGUAAAAUUAACCCUUUGUGUUGUGUUUACUGUUGAUAGUCACUGUCAGGCCCCAAAAAACACCUGGAUUUGACUAAGGAAAACAGUAUUAUAAUUUUGAUAACUACUGCACAGGCAAUAAUCCUUCAUCUGGCAACAAGCUCCUUCAAUUUCAAUGAGCAGCUUCUAAUUUCUUAAACAUCCAUUUUGAGAGACACAUCCUGUGGUUGUGGAAAAUAGCUACAAACUGCCCAAUUCCUUAUCAAAUACUAUUUUUAAAAAAGUAUUUCCGCACACAAAAAGGAAUCUAAGAUGUUGGGACUGAACAGGUGUGCAGCCAUUAAAAAACCACUGAUGAGCAAAAAGAUUAGACUCUGGAGCAAUGGAAAAAGGUCAUGUCCUGAUUUAAUCCGUUGAGAGAUGGAUGCAUCAGUGUGAGAGGAGAGGCAGGUGGAGGACGCACCCCUCAUUCCUGUGGGAGCAGAGCUCUGAUCCGGGGCAGCUGCGGUCACUCAGGUCCAGAUUCCACAACACUAUGAGAACAAAGAAUGAGGUUACCGGAAUGUGCAGAAUGACCAGGUUCUUCCAUCCGUGCAGCUUUUUCUUCCCCGAUGGCUCGGACAUAUGCCAGGGGGACUGUGUGAAAGAGUGGUUCAGGAAGUAUCAGAGGGGAAUUUCACACAUAGAUUGGCCCACACGUCUCUAAAGAUCUGCUGGAGAAGGCUUUGCGCAGGGGUCGGACCCUCCCGUUAUCAAAACAAGAUCUGAAUGCAACACUUGAUUGAAAUAAAUGACCUCGCAGAAGCUUACCGAAACAAUGCCACAGCGAAUGUCUGCUCUAAUCAAAGCUGAAGGUGGUCCAACCGAAUAUUAGAUUUUGUGACCUUUUUAUUUAGCGGUUUUAUGUUUGUGUUUGUUUUUUCGGCUAGACAGUAUAAUAUGCAAUUACAAGAGGGAGUGAAAGUUAAUUGUGUGUAGACACAUGAAUAUAGCUGUAAUGAGAAGGAACAAUGCCGUGGCAAAUGAAUCACUCUUUGUCUCUGAACACCAUAGAAAAUGUUUCCAUUUUGCCAUGAUGCAGUCAUGCUUCACAUUGUGCAAUAGAAGAACAGGAAAUGCUUUCAUACCCAAUCCUCUGUAUCAGUAUCAUUCAAUGAAGCAAGCACUGUUCAGCUGGUAGAAAAUAGUGGGUGAAACUGUUUAGUUUGUCAGAUCAAAAAUAAUGUCCCAGUUCUUGUUUGUUUUUGAUAAAGAGAAUGGCACCAUCAAUGGUUAACUUCUGGAAAGAUCAUUCUAAGACAAAAGAAACAGUCAUUAAAUCUUCACACCUGCUUCAUCACUGGUGAGGUUUUAUGAUAUUGAAUUCAGAGAAAGUUCACCUGUUAAACCAGUAAAUGCAGUGGGUGAGAUGUUGAGUGUAGAGCAGUAAACUUAUGUAAGGUAAAAAAAACAAACAACUGCAUGUGUUUUGUUUCUGAGUUUCAGAAUACCAGAAUGGAAGGGGAAUCUAUUUUUAGACCAAAGUAUGUCAAAGUUUGCGACAAUAAGUGUCCCUCUUUUCCCCAUUGGCAUAUGACCUCACAAACUAAACAGUGAACAAACUAUCCAGCAGGUUAUCAUGUAUGUUUUAGAAGUGCUGUAAUCUUUAAGGUUUUUAGAUGCACCCGAUCUCUCGUAGUUUGUCUCAAUUGUUGUUACAAUAAGAACAGACCAAUGUGUUUACGUGUAUUUUAAAAGUGUUUUUCUUUUUGGUAAAUGAUUUCUCAAUAAAGCCCUGUGGUUAGCAGAAAUGCAGCCAAAAGAUGAUUGAAA